AUGGUUUAUAAUUUCGAUACAACAUUUCUUUUUUUUUCUUUAUUUCUUUCCUUUUUUUCUUUCUUUAUUUUUUCUUUCUUUCUUUCUGAAUCAGUUUAUAUCUAUCCAUCUCCUUUGAGUUUCAGUAUAGCCAUUCUCUUUCUUUCCUUUUCUACAAUUCUAUAUAGCCCAUCUGUUAAUAUCUAUCAAGCUAGCAAAUAUCUAUCUCAAUAUGUUCUUAUCUAUCUAUCUAUCUAUCUAUCUAUCUAUCUAUCUAUCUGUCUGUCGUCUUUUCAACCCUUUCAUCCCUUCUUUCUUUCUAACCCUUCUUCUUCUUCUUCUUCUUCUUCUUCUUCUUCUUCUUCUUCUUCUUCUUCUUCUUCUUCUCCUCCUCCUCCUUCUCCUCCUCCUUCUCCUCCUCCUCCUCCUUCUCCUUCUUCUUCUUCUUCUUCUUCUUCUUCUUCUUCUUCUUCUUCUCUAACAACUUCGAUUACUUUUUUCCCUACAUCUUACCAUUCUAAUUUUCAACCCGAUUCUUUUUUUUCCUCUUCUUUUCUAACCCCGUCCUUAUUUUCUUUUCCCUCUGAAACCGUUUCCUUUUUUUUUCUUUUCACACACUUCUUCACUCUCUUCCUUUUUUCAAUAUUCUCUUCUUUCUUGUUCGCUCCAACACGAUGUCUACUCCUUUUCAUUGUUUUCAACGUACAUCUUUCUUCCCUUACGCUUUUCAAACCGCUUCUUUCAUUUUUUUCUUUUUUCUGUUCAAAUUGUUUCUUUCUUUUUUUAAUACACUUAUUCCUAAUCUCUUUCUUUACAACCCACUUAUUCUCUCUCUGUCUCUUUACAACCCAUUUAUUCGCUCUCUCUCUUUCUUUACAGCACAUCUCUUUAGUCACCAUUUCUUUCUUUACAACCUACUUAUCACCCCUCUCUCUCUCUCUCUCUCUCUCUUUACUGCGCACUUAUUCCCUCUCUCUAUUUCUUUACACAUCCACCCAUUCUCUUUCUCUCUUUAUAACCCACUUCUCUUUUAUAUUUAUAAACAGGUUUCUUUAUCAGUUUAUCCUCAAUCGCCAGCUCCUCCUCUUCCUCGUACUAUUCCUCCGCCACCAAAUGCUCAUCCCUCCUAUUUUCUAUGUCUCUUUCUACUUCUCCUCUUUUUCCAUUCAGACGUUUCCUUUUCCUUUUUCUUUUCUUCGUGGAUUCUUUAUUCUCAUCCUCCUCCUCAUUCUUCUGGAGCUUCUUCCUCUCCCUUUCUUUCACACCUUUCCUUUUCUCACUCUACUCUCUUUCUUUCUCUCUCUCUCUCUCUCUUUCCCGUUCAACAUUGAGUUCUUUCUUCAUUCCUCCAUCCUUUCUUUCCUUCAUUCUUUCUUUCUUCAUUUUUUCCUCCAUCCUUUCUUUCUUUAUUCUUUCUUUCUUCUUUUUUCCUUCAUCCUUUCUCUCCUUCAUUCUUUCUUUCUUCUUCUUUUUUUCCUUUCUUUCCUUCAUUCUUUCUUUAUUUCUUUUUUCUCUCCUUCUUCCUUUCUUAGUUCCUUCUCCAUUCCUUCAUCUUUUCUUUCAUUCCUUUAUUCUUUCUUUCUUCUUUUCUUCAGUGCUUCUUCCUUUCUCAGUUUAUUCUUUCAUCAUUUCUUUCUUUUCUUCGUUCUUGUUUCUUCUUUCUUUCAGCCCUUCUUCCUUUCUUAUUUCUUUCUCCAUUCUUUCAUUUUUUAUUUCUUUCUUUCAUUCUUUGUUGCCUCUUUCCUUUUUUUUUUCUUCUUCUUCUUCUGUUCUCCAUUCCUGAUCACUUUAUUAGAAUCCCUUUUUGAAUCAUUGCGUUUAAUGCCGUACCUUUUCUUUCUUUCUUUCUUUCUUUCUUUCUUUCUUUCAGUUUUUCUUUCGUUCUUUCUUUCUUUCGGUUUUUCUUUCUUCUCUUCAUUUCAUCUCUUCUUUUCUUUUCUUCCUUCUCUUCUUUUCUUUCUUUUCUCUUUCUUGUCUUUCUUUCUUUCUUUCUUUUUUCUUCCUUUCUUUCUUGUCUUUCUUUCUUUCUUUCUUUCUUCUCUGUCUGUCUGUCUUUCUUUCUUUCUUUCUUUCAGUUUUUCUUUCGUUCUUUCUUUCUUUCGGUUUUUCUUUCUUCUCUUCCUUUCAUCUCUUCUUUUCUUUUCUUUUCUUUUCUUCCUUCUCUUCUUUUCUUUCUUUUCUCUUUCUUGUCUUUCUUUCUUUCUUUUUUCUUUCUUUCUUUCUUUCUUUCUUUCUUUCUUGUCUUUCUUUCUAUCUUUCUUUCUUUCUUUCUUUCUUUCUUUUCUGUCUUUCUUUCUUUCUUUCUUUCUUCUUUGUCUUUCUUGUCUUUCUUCUCUUCUUUUCUUUCUUUUCUCUUUCUUGUCUUUCUUUCUUUCUUUCGGUCUGUCUUUCUUUCGGUCUUUCUUUAUUACUAUUUUUCUUUUUCUCGACUUUCUCUUUUCGUUUCCUUUUUUUCAUUUCUCUCUUUAUUUCUUUCAUUUUUUUCUUUCUUUUUUCUAUCUUUCUUUCUUUGUUUCUUUUGUUCAUUCAUUCAUUCUUCCUUUCUUUCAUUCAUUCUUUCUCUUUUGCUUUCCCUCUUUCUCUCUCUUAUACAUUCUUUCUUUCCUUUUUCUUUCUUUCUUUCAUCCUUUCAUAUUUCGUACAUUCUUUCUUUCUCUUGUUCUUUCUUUCUUUCAUUCUUUCUCGCUUUCGUCCAUUUUUUUCUUUCUCUUGUUUGUUCAUUCAUUCAUUAAUUCAUUCUUUCUUUCUCUUGUUCUUUGUUUCUUUCUUUCUCUCUUUCGUUCUUUUUCUUUUUCGUUCUUUCUUUCUUUUCCCUUUUCCUUCGUGAAUUUCUUUUCACCCCCGUCUCAUUUUAGUGUCAUCAAUAAUUCCUUCUUUUCCUCGUAUUUUUAUCAGUUCAUCACUUUUUUUUCGACUCUCUUUUUUUUUGCGUCGUUCUUUUCAUUGCUUAACUAUUCUCUACUCAUUUCUCUUUCCUUUUUCCUAUUUAUUUUAGGAAUUGUCACCCAUUUUUCGUUCGUUCUCUCUCUUUCUCCUAGCUUGUGUUUUCUUGAAACGAAACCGCCCAUAUCAUUUCUUUCUGUCGCUCUCUUCAUGUCAAUAUUUCAUUGUCUCUAUAUUUUCAUUUCUAUCUACCUAUCUAUCUAUCUAUCUAUCUAUCUAUCUAUCUUUAUCUCAAUCUAUAUAUCUUUAUCCUUUAAUCUCUAG